CUAAAAAUGAUAGCCCUUGUAAAGUAAAAAAAAUGCGGCCUCACUUGUGACCAUCAUAAGGUUAGCAUCCCAAUAAUGGUAUAACACGACAUCCGAAGUUUAGGCUUAACGACUGAGGCAACUUCAGUGACGGUGCCGCGUCAUUAACUAGACACGCCUCCGGAACUCACCUGUACUGUUGGCUACAUGGGACCUGACAUCAACCAUAUUGUUGCUGAGCGGAUAGGUGCGGAGAGAGGAAAAUGAGUUUGCCCGACCUAAAAUCGCAUGGGAAACCGGCAGCUCGUGCCAUGACGGUAACUACUUGAUGUCCCCUGUGGUGCAACUCAAUGUUGGUGGGCACCUGUUUUCUACCUUCCUGAGCACGCUGAUGAGGCAUCCCGACUCUCGGAUGGCGGAGCUGUUCAGCGGCAAGCCGCCCAAGCUCCGUACGGACGCCGGGGGGCGCUAUUUCAUCGACCGGGACGGCACGCACUUCGGAGCCGUGCUCGACUACCUGCGGAUGGACCGUGUACCCACAGAGAACAUAAAGGAGGUUCUCAGAGAAGCCCUCCACUACGACAUCAAGCCUCUGGUGAAGCUGCUGUCGGAGUCACCGCAGAACUUCGGGGAGACAGUGGGGCGACAGCAGUUCCUCUCCAGAGUCCCUCACUACCUUGAGAACAUCGAGGUUCUGAUCCGCAUCGCGCGGGCCGAGGCGGUGGCCAGCCGCCGCUCGGGCAUCCUCAUCUGUGUCCUGCGGACGGAGGAGGACCUGGGUCUCCAUGACAACGCCAUGGGCAGCCUGGAGGCGGGGAGGGAGUCCGUGGUGACGUUCGGGCCGUGGAAGGCGACCCCGUCCGUCGCCGACCUGCUGGACUGUGUCCGAAUGGACGUGGAGAGCCGCGGCUACCGCGUGGCCAUCCAGCCCGAGCCGCCCGUCCGGGCCUUCCUGUCCCGGAGCUACGACUGCUUCUUCAAGGUCACCUUCACCUGGUGGUAGGACGCGGGAGCGCUGCUCGAGACCGGGGAACCAGCCCUGGUUUCUGAACAAAGCGCCGUCGUCUCCACCACCGUCAUCGCUCACCAAUCAGCACCGUGCGACAAAGAACACCAUCAACAUCAUCCUCCUCAUCAUCACCACGGCAACUCAGUCAGCACUGUGCGGACCAAACAUCUCCAUCAGCGUCCUCAUCAUCACUGGUGGGAACAAGCCAGUACCAUCCCAAUGAACAAAACAUAAUCACCCUUAUCCCCAUCUUUAUUGUCAUGAUCGUCGUCCUCAUGUUAAACAUGAGUUUACCAUUUAAUUCAAUAUAACCAAUAAAAGGGUUUGUUUUGUAUUGAAUCGCA